CCCGCGAACCUCUACGUCGUGAGGUAAACGCGGUAUUACGUGACCCGCAGUGAAAGCCCGGCCGCCGCGACCAGCGCACGCGAUGACCAGCUAGACAACAACUGGAUCCGCUUCCCUUUAUUCUUGAGUUAAUUAAGAGGAAGCUAAAUAUCACCCCCUGCGAUGGCCGCAGUCGCAGAUAUCAAGAUGGACGAUACCAAGAGCGAAGCUAACGGCAACGAUGUGCGCACGCCCAACCUGAACGUUGCCCAGGAGUUGCCAGAACUGCGCGCUGGAGAAGCUGAAGGCAUCGCUGACUUUUAUGAUGGCGCUGUGCUACUGGUUACUGGGGGAACGGGCUUUCUUGGCAAGGCGCUGCUGGAGAAGCUCCUACGCUCCUGCCCCGGAAUCACCACCAUCUACCUACUGCUCCGGCCCAAGAGAGGACUCACAGUCGAGCAGCGGUACAAAGAACUACUCAAGAACCAGGCCUUUGACCGCAUCCGCACCCGCUGGCCGGAGCGGCUGAGCAAGCUUUCUCCGAUCACUGGUGAUGUCUCCGCUCCAGGUCUCGGGGUUGGUCUUGAACAGAAGACACUGUUAGCUGAAGUUACAGUGUUGUUCCAUUCUGCGGCGACUGUCAGGUUCACGGAGCCGCUACAUGCAGCGACGGCGUUGAACGUGCAGGGCACCGCCUCGCUACUCACGCUCGCCCAAGAUAUGCCCAAGCUCAAGGCGCUGGUGCACGUAUCAACAGCCUACAGCAACGCGCCGCAGCCGACCAUCGAUGAGCGCGUGUACCCUCCGCCUUACGACCCUGACUCCAUAGUGAGAUGUGCCAAAAUGCUUCCACAGCACACCGUCAACGUCCUGGCUCAGACACUACAGGGCGAGCAUCCCAACACAUACACGUUGACGAAGGCACUCGCCGAGUCCAUAGUGUACAGUCACCAGGAGCUACCUGUCUGCAUCGUGAGGCCCUCCAUCGUGACGGCGGCGCUGCAGGAGCCUUUCCCGGGCUGGAUAGACAACAUAUACGGCGUCACCGGGAUCGUAAUGGAAAUCUCCCGCGGUACGUACCGCUCUGGGUUCUGCCGGGAGCGAUACGUGGUAGAUCUCGUGCCGGUUGACCUGGUGGUCAACGCCUGCAUAUUGGCUGCCUGGAGACAGGGCACGAACAAGGUGGGGCGCUGUCCAGUAUACAACGUGACGUCGGGGUCUGUCAGCCCGCUGCAGUGGGGUGCCUUCACCCGGCUCUGUGUCAAAUGGGCUAGAGAAAACCCUACCAAAUACGUAAUGUGGUACCCCAACUUCUCAUUCACGGAGUCCCGUUUCCUGAACACCUUCUGGGAAGUCACCUGCCAUCUUCUGCCUGCGUUCCUUUACGAUGUGCUGCUACGCGCACAAGGACGGAAGGCUAUAAUGAUGAAGCUAGCCCGCCGCUUCCAACUGGCAGCAGCCACCGGCGAAUACUUUGCGAACCACGAAUGGCAAUUCGGCAUAGAGCAACUAACCGCUUUACAUCGCGACGCUAGCGCCGCGGCGGACGGAGACAACUUUCCGCACUGGCCGGAGAUAGACUGGGACCAGUAUAUAGCGACCUAUAUGAUGGGGAUUAGGAAAUUUAUAUUAAAGGACAGUGCUGACUCGCUCGCACACGCCAGGACUAAGCUAAACAGGUUGUACUGGGUUUACAAGAUACUACAAGCAGCUACCGGGUAUUACUUCUUCAGGGCUCUGGCCGGGCGAUUGCGGUAGAACUCAUUCUUCUAUAUAAUGUAAAUAACCCGAUACUCGACAUAAAUAUAGGUGGGUGGAUCAACUAUUUCUGUAUGAUAUUCUGUCCCGUCAGCCAGGGGAUACAGUUUGUUAGAAGAACUGUUGUAACAAGUUCAGUAGAUGGCUUAUUAUGGAAAGGCCUUAUAAGGGUGAGAUCAUAUCUAUCAGCAUCGAGCAGCAAUCCACCCAUAACUACCACAAAGCUAACUGUAUAGGUACUACCACAAAAAUAACUCAGCUAAUCUGUAAUAUGCCUACCUUUGUAUCCUGUCUGUGGAAACCUGUAAUUGGCUUCUCUGACACAUAUUUAUGUUAACCUAGUUUUAGUUUACUUAAGCUGUUGGUUUUCCGAAUAAAAUAAAAUAAAAUAAAAAAAUUAAAAUUCAUGUUUGUAAACUGAUGGAUGUCAUAUUCCAAAGAAGAAGUCGCCAAGCCCCCUGAUAGCCGAGGCUGGAGUUUAUUUAAACAAAAAAGGUUUUUGUGUAAUUGUUUGCAUGUUUGGUUAAAUUACAUGCCAAAAUACAAAAGCUUAACGAAACUCAAGAGUCUACGUUUAACUGAGGAUAAAGUAAGUAAAAAUGUAAUAUAAAUGUAAGUAAGUUUUAGUCCCAAAACUGAGUUAUAUUCUACUACUACCACUUCUUUACCAGCCGGCUGAGUAAAACUUGUUACAUCUUUUACCCCUCAAAGUCACUGAUCAUCAUCACUACCUCUACAAGCUUUUGUUUAACAUUACUACCAAUUUUCUUUACGUAGAGAUCGCUUUAUAGCGAUAAGUCCGCCUGUUGUUACCUACAAAUUUAAGUCCUGUCUUUGUUUGUAAUAUGAGCUUUUCGAUCUUUAGUAGUGCACAAUAAAGAAUUUUAUUAUCAUUAAUUUUCUCUAUAGAUCAAAUGAAUGUUUAUGUACUUACCUAUUUUCACUUAUUUUAAUUGUGCAUAAUUAAUCAUUCUUUAAAAGUCUGUACUCUCCGUCCUUGGCUAUGUAUUAUUUCAAAUAAAACACUUUAUUUUAUAAGGCAAUUAUGUAUACUUAAAUAAGGUGGUUCGGACAUGUGAUGCGUAGACCCGAAAAUCACGUAGUGAAGAAGUGCCUCUCCAUGGCUGCAGCAAAGGGAAGAAGGGGCAGGCCAGUAACUACCUGGCUGACGAAUGUCCCAAGAGAUAUGAAGGAGUUGGGCCUGUCCAGUGACGACGCUUAUCAGCGAUCAAAGUGGCGCCUCAAGAUUAGGAAAGCCGACCCCGCGUAACGGGAUGAGGCGAGGAUAAAGAAGAUGUAUACUUAAAUAAUUAAAUACAUGACAUUACUUCUCUUUUUAAACCAGCACCUUGUGAAUUACCUGAAUUAGUUUGAAGGGCUAUUUACUAUGAUUUUAGAGGUAUUAUAAAAUGAGAGGCCCUAUCUCGAACCACGUUUGACGUGUUGCCCCGGGAUGUCACACUUAUGUAUGAAUUUAUAAGUGCGACAGAGAGGCAAGAUUUGGGAAAGGUAGAAAAGAUGACUUUUUAGCCCAGUGAUUUUCAGCAAAAUUUCAAGGGCCAUUGACUGGUAUUUAGUAGGGGCCAAUCAAUGGGAGUUUUGCCAUUAACUGUAUAAAUACCUAUAAAUAUUUAUUAAUAAAUUUUAUUAUAAGUGCACUUCUAGGCCCUAACUAAGUGUACGUGGAGAACUAUGGUUACCAUAAGUGAAAGUGUACGUAAAUAUAAGAAUAAAAGUUUUUUUAUUAUCAGAGAAA